AUGAGGCUGGUGUUUGGCUGCUCUGCUUUGCUGCUGUUGGUACUGAGCGCAUUAGGGCAGAAGCUACCUACGCGUGAUGAAGGCCUGUUCCAGAUGCAGAUCCGGGAUAAGUCGCUGUUUCACGACUCCUCUGUAAUUCCCGAUGGAGCCGAGAUUAGUGGAUACCUGUUCAGAGACACUCCCAAAAGGUACUACUUUGUGGUGGAGGAGGACAACACUCCACUGUCAGUAACUGUGACACCAUGUGAUGCUCCUCUCGAGUGGAGGCUGACGCUGCAGGAGCUGCCCGAGGAGGCCAGUGGAGAGGAAUCAGGUGAGCCAGAGCCUCUGGAGCAGCAGAAGCAGCAGGUGACAGUCAGCGAAGGCACCGAGCUCUUCUCCUACAAGGGCAACGACGUGGAGUCUUUCAUCUCCAGCAGCUCCUCUUCAGGUCUCUACCAGCUAGAAAUCCUCUCCACAGAGAAAGACAGCAGCUUAAAGAUCUACGCCACCACCACACCAGAGUCGGAUCAGCCUUACCCUGAGCUGCCCUAUGACCCCAGGGUGGAUGUGACCAGCCUUGGCCGUACUACAGUUACUCUGGCCUGGAAGCCCACGCCCACGGGCUCACGAAUGGGCCAGCCUGUGCAGUACUGUGUAGUUCUCAACAAAGAGCACAACUUUAAAAGCCUUUGUGCAGCCGAGGCCAAGAUGGGCGUCGAUGAUGAUUUUAUGGUUGCACCCAAGCCAGGUCGCGACUUCAGCCCUUUUGACUUUGCCCGCUUUGGGUUUGCGCCACCUGAGAAUGACAUUUCUAAGAACCGUCAUCGCUCUCUGACUGGCAACCGGAUGCCUGCUACCAAGAUGUGGCGCAACAUGCCCAAACAAUCCCAAGACAUCCGCAAGAUCUGCAUCGGCAACAAGAACAUCUUCACAGUUUCUGGACUAAGGCCGGCCACACAGUACUACUUUGACGUGUUUGCUGUUAAUACCGCCACCAAUGCCAGUACAGCCUACGUGGGCACCUUUGCGCGCACAAAGGACGAGGCUGAGCCCAAGACCAUGGAACUGAAAGAUGGAAAGAUGGCUGACGUCUUUGUGGAAAGGAAAGGCAUCAAGCUUCUGCGUUUUGCUCCCGUGUCCUCCCACCGUCGUGUCUCUCUGAGCAUCCACUCCUGUCUGGACGCUGUGCACGUCCAAGUACGCCGGGAUGGCAAACUGGUGCUCUCGCAGAAUGUGGAAGGAGUGCAUGAAUUCCAGCUCCGCGCCAAACCCAAGGCCAAGUAUCACAUCCGAGUACGUGGCUCGAGAAAGGGCGCCUCGUCUCUGAAGGUACUAGCAAGCACACGCGCAGAUACCAAGAGGCCCUUCCCUGCAUUACCAGAGGACACACGGAUCAAGGCCUUCGACAGACUGCGCACAUGCGACUCGGUUACUGUAGCCUGGCUGGGCACGCAGGAGCGCAACAAGUACUGCAUUUACCGCCGCGAGGUGCCUGAAGGAUACGGCGAGGAGCAGCGCCGCCGCCAGCGCAACCAGUGCUCCGGCCCAGAGACGCGCCGCAAGGACGAGAAAGUGCUCUGCAAAUAUUUCCACAGUGCCAAUCCACACAAGGCCGUGACAACCGAGAUCAUCACAGGCCUGGAGCCAGGCAAGAACUACCUGCUCGACGUCUACGCCGUAGGUCACGGCGGCCACUCGGUCAAGUACCAGAGCAAACUAGUGAAAACGAGGAAGUACUGCUAAAACUGAAUCAAUAAUUAAACAAUGCAAACAAUUCCCACGAAAUAAACUCUGCACAGAAGUAAAUAUAUUAUAUAUAAUAAGACAAAAUUUUAUUUAACUGGAAGUGAUAUUCUACUAAGUUGUUUUUUUGCUGACUGACUACUUGGUGGACACCAUAGCAGAAACUGAACUGCUUCUAGAGAGAGAAAUAUAUUCCUGUAUAUUCUUCAUGUAUUAAGUUAACAAGUUCAAUUAAUGACAGAAGUACCAGGACGUGUCACCUGUUUCAUUCAUCGUCAUUACCCAGGAUUUUUUUCUUCUGUUUUUGGUCGUGUUGUGAGAACUAUGUUACACGUUGUGUUCGAUCUCGCCGACCUUUUAUGUGUCUACCGCCUCUCCCAUCCGCUCUCUCUAUAACAUGAAUUCUUAAAUUAUUUUAUACCUCUUUGUUUUGAUUUGUUCUAUGAAGUGUUAUUUUGCUUGUUAUUGACUGUAAUACUUUCUGAUAUGAAAAACACUAUGUCGUAAAAUGUCCUGACAAAGUCGGGAGGUCGCAGAGGCGCCGUCUGGUGCACGUCCUGAUCUUGCUGAGCCGCCGCCAUCGCUGGGUCGACAUGGAUGAAGCUUAAAUAAAAUUUAAUCAUUCGA